GGGUUAGAGGCCUGCUUCAUUUACCGGUCGCAGGUAGGGCACUAUUGUACAGCAGCUUUCCCAUUAAUACUAUCAAUCGACUAUGCAAUUUUUAAAUCUCACAUAGAGACUCCUUCAGCUUGCACCCGUUCUUUGAUUAUUUCCUACGUAGCCGGCUUAUGGCAUGUGGUACUUUUUGCAUCGGAAACAUGAAGAAAGUAACGCGGAAGCUGAUAGAGAAACUGAAUCGAAACCAGGCCUCACAGGCCGGUGAGGCACUAGAAACUACAGAAAUUGCGCCUACAAUUCCUAUGGAAGCAACGAUAGAACGUACCCAGCCUUUCAUCGCGCCCCAAUCUCAACCUGAACCUUCCGUCGCGCUCGAACCUCAAAGUGGGACUUCUAUCGCGUCUCAGUCUCAACAACAACCUUCCAUUACGUCCCAACCUCAACCUGAGUCCCCUUCCAUGAGCGAGCCUCAACAGGAGCUUUCUGUCGUCGCGAAGUCUCCACAUGAGCCUUCUUCCCCAGAAACGCCCCGUCUAGAAGACAAUCAGAUCCCUGUCGUCGACCAUGACCCCGCGAUUCAUAUAUCGACCGAGAGCACCAAGAUACUUUGGGAUGAGGCGUAUGAUCAAGUUGGAAAGCAAAACAAAACUAUACUCAGAAUGUACGAGAGAAUGUUGGCUCAUGACCUCCGAUAUUUACACGGGCAAACGGAUCGUCCGCCUUCAUCGGCAGAUGUUGGAACUACUGUUCCUUCGGGGACUUUUCAGGUCCGGCGAUGGCGAAUGGAGGUUCUGCUUGAUGGUUGGGUCAAUGGCGGGAGUGAAGAGAGAGAUUACCAGUCAAUGUCCCCAGGUUAUGGUGACUUUAUUCAUUUAUUUUGCAGAGCAGUGGUCAUGAGAUCGAGAGAGAGGAUGUCCCCAGCAGCCAUUAUCCCAUGGGUUGCUGCCUGCUAUGCGUCAAAGGCACUUUGGCAAUCUGCUCCAGAAACACAUGACGUCCAAGCCAAUUUCAUUCAUAUUGUAUCGCGAAUGGAAUGGUAUGACCGCCUGCAGACACUAUUUACAGGUGACGAAGACAACAAUCCAGCUUAUCCCAAAAUCUUGAAGCGGAUGAAGGACCUGUAUGCUGCCAUCUUACUAUAUUUCAUGAGGGUGGCGAUUCUUUAUUCUCCUGGCUUCAGUUACGGCUUUUUUCAAACCCCGGUAUUUACCGACGAGCUGAACUUAGAUUCAGUGGUUGAAGCUGAGAGAGCACUGGCUGGUUUCAACGAGGAACACGUUAACUACACACUUCAAAGAUUAUUCGAAGCGGCACCCAUACAGGUUGAAGCACCUAACAAAUUAUUGGAUGGCUUACCGGUCACGGAUCCCAAGUCACAUUUGACAAGCUCAGACUGGAUACAGAACGAUAUGGCGAAUGAAAUUUAUCGUGUGCUGGAAAGUAGAGAGAAAUACACUGACUUUCUUGACUGGGAGAAGCCGGAAUGCCAAUUGCUCUGGAUUAGCGGUGAUCACGGCCAAGGCAAGACCAAACUCCUUCAUGGUAUCAUUCAAACCCUGUACAAACCAACUGAUUCUCCUGGUGUCGCUUUCUUUUUCUUCAGCCAAAGUAGCCUCGAGUCGAACAAUGCCGCAGCAGCGUUAAGAAAUCUGAUAUGUCUUAUCAUUACUCGAUGCACCGCGCUCGCCCAACACCUAAAAGAUAAACUGAAUACUACCGGAAGGAAACAGUUCGGCCACCCCAAUGAUUUUCUUGCUCUAUCAGCAUUGUUCUUCCACAUUAUACAAGACGAGGAGUUUCCGAAGACGUACCUGAUCGUUGACUCCUUGGAUGAGUGCACCUAUCAAAAGACCGAGUUCAUCAAUUUAAUUAUCGAAUCAGCGUCUGUUUGUAGUCGCAUAAAAUGGUUGGUGUCUGGCAUAUCAAAUCCAGGAGGGUCUCAUUCGCAACACCUGUCUUUGAGCUCUGAUAUACAUGAUUCGAGCACGGUCAUGGACAACUACAUCAAGGAAGCGGUAUCUGUCUUGGCCAGGAGCAAUUCCUAUGAUACCGAACUUGAGAAAUUAGUCACAGACAGCUUCUGUCAGCUCGAUGUCAAGAAUUACCUUUGGGUAGACAUAGUCUGCGGGGUGCUUAAGUCCAAGGCCUUAUGGCGUGUAGAGGAUUUUGUGGCUCAAGUUGAAACUAAGCGAGAUCUACCAGGUCUAUAUAGCUUGAUGCACGAGAUUAUCGACAACCAGGAGGAAGAAAACCGUUACUGCAUUGACGUCUUGCUGGCAAUGGGGGCUAUAUAUCAAUCAUUGAGCAUCUUUGAGUUAAAGAAACUUCUGGACUGGCCGCGGCGGGUAGAUCUGAAAGCUAUUCUAUACCGAUGCUCUGGCUUUCUCCAUCUCCAGGGGGACACAGUCUUGUUUCGGCAUGAAUCGGCGAGAGAAUACGCAAAACGAUACAUACUAGACCCUUCUAAAAGGUCGAAGACACACAUCAAGCUCACAGUCCUCUGUCUGAAAUCCCUAGGGGAUAGUCUUGCUAAUGAGUAUGCUGCGCUGCCUAACGGCACUCGUGAUCAACAGGAAGUGGCAUCCACAAUAGCCAGUAGCUAUGCAUCGUUAUAUUGGAUGCAACAUCUAGUACAAAUAACAGAGGCCGCUAAAAACAUCGCAGUCCGGAAGUCGGUGAUAUCGUUCCUCAAGAAGGAAUUCCUACACUGGGUUGAUGUUCUUACGUUAGGAGAUAAAAUACACCUAGUGGUGUCUCGGUUACGGGAUGCAGACAUGUAUCUUCGAAAGAUGAAGCAAAAAAACAGUGACUUGGCCAACGCUAUGCAAGAUGCGCACCAAUUUAUGCGACUGCACAUAUCCACAGAUGGCCCGAAUACUUUGCAGGCUUUGAAUACGACUAUAUUCUCUCCGGAAGAAAGUCUAUGGGCUCCCACGGUCAAUCCCUGGUUGUGCAAACAACCAAAGAUAGAUCAGACCUGGAGUCCCAACUAUACUACGUUCCGUGGCCAUAACGACUGGGUCCGUAGCAUCGCGAUUUCCUCAGAUAGUCGAGUCCUUGCUUCCGGUUCCGAUGAUGGCACAGUUCGCAUUUGGGACACCGAAACGGGGACGACGCAGCAUGUAUUUGAUGCCAGAAAAGGUACAUAUAGCUAUGUCACUCGAGUGGCUCUAGCCUCAAGGAUUGUAGCUGCAGGGCCGGAUGAUCUUCCUGUCAUACUAUUGGAUACCCUUACUGGGCGGAAAGUCGGUGAACUGCCAGCUUAUACUGUCGGAGCCGAUGCCCUUUGCCUCUCACCAGAUGGCAGUAAAAUUGCCGUUGCUAGCCGUAGAAUGGUGUACAUCUGGAAUAUUGAUGGACUCCUCGAAGGACAUCAACCGAAAGAGCCUAUUGAGUAUCCAAUCAGGGCCCUGGGGCUAAUCUUUUCACGAGACAACGAACUCCUUAUCACGUCAGGAGAUGCCAUUCAACUCUGUGACAGCAAUACUUUCCAGGUACGACAAAAGUUUACGAAUGAUCAAAAGGACUUCACCUGCGCGGCCUUGAGCCCCCAUGAAAUUAGUGGCAGACGACUUUUAGCAUCUGGCUCCGAGGACGGUAGUGUCUGUAUUUGGGAAAUCGGUGCUAAUCCCGAGCACGUGGAAAACGCGCCCAUUUACACCAUCAAACCGCCUCAUAUAACGAGGUCGAGAAGUAGCGAGGAUGAAGGCGCAUCAAUGACAACACGCCUGUCUCAAUCUAAUGACGAUGCUUCUAUUAACUCCCUUACCUUCUCACCAGAUGGAUCCCGAUUAGCCUCAUCCUCCUACCAUGCUAUUAACAUUUGGGAGACUUCUACGAGGCGACAUCUAAACACACUGCAAGCUCGAGGCUUAGCCUCGCAUGUCAUUCUUUUUGAUCCAAUUGGGGGCGACUAUUUAAUAUCGAGCGCUAUAGAUAAAGGCAUUCAUUUUUGGUAUGUCAACGACAAGCACGGUGAAGCAUUUCCGUCUCAGGGUGUAGUAAAUCCAUAUUCUAUAGACGGCUUGGCCCUCCAUCCCGAGAACAAGAUGCUGGCAGCGGUGCGAUCAGACCAUACAGUAUUUCUUUGGGAUUUACAAAGCGGUAACCUCGAUUCCACCAACCUGGACUUUGGCCAUAGCAAUGACUUGCGAUCGCUAGCUUUCUCACCAACCAAAGGCGACAAGCUCCUAUCAGCCUCGGAUGAUGGGACGGCGCAGGUAUGUGAUGUUGUAACUGGAAAGCGACUGCAUGUCUUUAGAGGACAUAAAGACUGGGUUCGCUCUGCUGCAUGGUCACCCGAUGGAGGAUAUGUUGCAACAGCGUCCGACGAUGGCUCUAUCCGAUUUUGGGAGAUUGGAAAUGAGGUAGAGCCAGACCCGAUAGCCAUACUAGAUGGCAUUCACGGUGGAUACUAUGUGAUGGCGGUAGCAUUCUCUCCUAAUGGAAAAUAUGUCAUCUCUGGUGGUAGUGAUGAUAAUUUGACCGUCUGGGAGAAAGUGACCGAAAAAGAUUGGCGACGCAAGCACGAAUCAUUGGUGGGCCAUACUGAAAGGGUUCUCUUUGUUUUGGUUACACCAGAUUCAAAAUAUGUGCUCUCGGCCUCUACAGACCGCACGUUGAGGGGGUGGGAUAUAGAAAGCGGGAGAGAGAUAUCAAACACGAACAUUGACUGGAUCGACUUCAAAAUGUGGUGGGAUCUGUCUGGAGUACCCCAGGGAGAAACGCCCAAUUAUGUGAUGACACCUCAAGGACCCUGCCUUCAUAAACUUCCAACAGGCAUGGACAGCCAGACUCUAAGCCUGUACCGCAUCCGGUGUGACAAAGAUACCAACCAGUGGUGGAUCACUCGUAAAGACAAGGAUGCCAUUCUUAUUCCGCGGGAGUACCGUCCUACAUCGUCGUUGGUUGUAGGAACUAAGGUUAUAAUUGGUUCAGUGUUAGAACGUUUAUACGUUCUAGAGUUUAGGCAGUGACUUAGAAUUUUGGAAACAACUGAGAAAUUAAUAUGGGAGUCGGUAUUCUUCUAGAAAUUAUAGUUAAUUCUCACAAGUAAGAAGUAGUAUAAUAAGUAUUGACAAUACAGGUCUAUGAAAAUUAACCAAUUAGUAUCAGUACGGUUAAGAGGAACUUCAAAAGCUCAAUGGUUUCUACCGAUUUGUAUUAGAGCUUAUACCUAGGAUGACUUAAAAUUAAAAGAUCCUAAUACUACGAAA